AGCGCGGGGGCGUGGCCUCCUCGUCCUGCUCCUCCUCAUGACCCUUGUGGCGGCAGAUUCGGAAAGCGGCUCAGGCGCGGAGGAGGAGGAUGUCGCAGUCCGAGGAGGCGCUGUCGCUGCUGGCCGAAGCAGAGGCCUGGUGCCCAGAGGAGUGCCUCCGCCACCUCCCCGCUGCUCUGCCGCGCCUCCUCUCUCUUUAUCAGGUGAUUGACAACUGGAGCCAGCGUCUUGGUGUUUUAAGGAUUUUGAUGGAGAAAUUUCUACCACAAAUUCAUCUUUCUGAAUUGGAACAAACAUUUUCCUCUAAAGUAUUGCCAAAGACAGUAGAGUUUUUUGAUGUCUUGUUGUAUGAGAUAUCCAGCCAUGCUGAACAGUUAACAAGCCAGAAUGAAGAAUUACAUAUGACAAUGAAAAACCAUAUACAGACUAUGGUUCUUGUGCUGGAAGCAUUAACAGGCUGUGUGCGACACAUCUGUGGUUUACAGGAAACUUUGCCAUUAGAUUAUGUCCACAGUCUUCCCCUCUCUAUUCUUCAUAUAAUCAAGAAGACUUACAUACACUGCAAGAACAGCGAGUCAUUGUACAGUGAAUAUUUCUGCUUGUUUUCUGAUUUGCUCCAGUCUCUGUUUAAAGAGGCCUAUGCUUUGCAAAAGCAGAUCAUGGAAAUGAUUGAGAUCGUAUCUGUGAACUCCUGUGCUGCUGAUGAGAGUGUAGCAGUUAUGGUAUCAGUGAUUCACAUUCUGCUGGAGAUCUGUUCUGCUGUUUCCAGCAUAGAUCGUGCGCUUCAUGCAAAUACAUGGAAGUUCAUCAUCAGACAAAGUCUCAAGCACAAGUCACAGAUAAAGAACAGCUUGAAACAUUCUGAUAUCUUAUGCAGCCUUUGUGAAGACAUCCUGUUUUCUUUCCAGUCUUGUUUGCAGUUGGCUGAGCAGAUGAAGUGUUCUGGAACUCAGGAAAGCACAGAUUACAAAUUGUUCCAGAGGAUGAACAAACUAUGUAGAUUUUUUGCUAAUUCUCUGCAGCAUUACACCAAGGAGUUUGCUUCUUUCCUGGUGGAUUCCUGCUCUCUGCUUCAUCAGACAUACCUUCAAAUACACAGCAGGUUUCCUCCAAGUCUUCAUGCCCCUGUGAUUUCCAAGUCUCAUCAGGAUGAAAUGGCAAGGGGAUUCCUUGUGACAUUGGACUCUCUUCUCAGUCUGCUGGUUUCCUUUAGGCCUUUCGUUGAAGUGGUAUUAAGUAAAACUCCAGAUCUCCCUCCUGAGCUGUACUUUCCACAGUGUCGACUUCUGCUUUCUGUAAUGGACACAUUGCCAUGUCAGCCCCAGGAUGUGCAAACCAUUUGGAACACAGGAAGUCAGUUUCCAAAAGAAAUUCCCAGAAUGACCUUGCUUUCAGCCCUCUUUCAUAGUCUUCAGCAGUGCUCUGGCGAGCUAUCCCUUCCUGUCCUCUCUCCAGGAAUGAUGGAAACAGAGCAAGACAAAAGCACCUUUUACCACUACGUCUGCAUCCAUCUGUGUGCCUUUAUCACAACAUUCUCUGUAUCACAUUUUCAUCUACUGGAAUGCUCCUUGUUGGAGACCAUACUUGGUUCUAAUACAAUCACUGCUCUCCUGGCUAUGGAUGCUUGGUGUUUCCUUGCUAGGUUUGAAACAGCCGAUCUGUGUGCUCACCAUACAUUUAUAAUAGCACAUUUGUUAAAAGUUUGUCCUGCUGAGAGUUACCAAGCCACUCUGCUAGGGGUCUUAUUACGCCGUUUGCUCUUUUUGAUGACCGCUGAACACCAGGUCAAGUUUGCUGAUAAAUUUCCUCCUAAAGAUACAGAGAACCUGCAGCUAUGGCAGCAUCUUUCUCUCCAAGCCCUUACUCCUCUGCUUAGGCCACAGGUUGCCCGUGAGAUUUUUGUAGUGGGAUUUACACAAUGUCAGGAGUGGUUGAACAGUGGAAGAUCUUUAGAUGAAUUUCCACAAGUGAACAUUGCUUUCUCUGCUUUGCUGUCUGUUUGCCAGACUUCUGGAGAGACGCUGGAGCCAAAACAACGUUUAGCUCUGCUUGGAACCCUUGGCCAGUUCGUGGCAGUUCUACAUGCCACAGAGGUGUCCAGUCUGUCCCAUCUACAGCACGGCUGUUGCUUGAUAUUUCGACUUCUGCAGCUCUUCAUCCAGAUGUUAGAGCCCCAGUUACUAAUCCAGAUACUUGCACUGCAAACAUCCCUCAUCCAGCUGAAUCCCUCAGAUCAUAUUCUCAUUGCAAUCUUAGAUUUUCUCUCUUCAGUGGGGAAAACCUUUAUUGUACCAGAUUUCCAGGGACAGAUUCUGCCUGAACUAUGUAGUUUGUUUGCUACAUUGCUGGCCAACAACAACUGGAUAAUUCAACAGCAUGCUAUAGAGGUGUUCACUCAGUUUGCAGAGGAGGUGCAAUCGAAACAGAUUGGAGCCCUCACCAAUAGCUGGGACAUGAAACGGAUCAAGGAAACAAGCCAUGAGGAUAUUCUUCCCCAGUGUCUUAAGUCUGAAGAAAUCAAAAGCAAAGUUGUUAUUUUCCUCUCAAAGACUGUCGAUAUUGAGGAACCAGCAGAAGCACAAGCAGAACGGAUGAAAAAGGAAAAUGCUCUUCUCAGCAGCUCCCACUUAGGGGAGACCACAGAAGAGAGGCAAAGCGACCUGAUUUUAGAGCCCUCCCCCAAGAGGAUCUGCUAUUCACCCAGUGAGGUGCAGUACACAUCGGCCAUUGACUCUGCUGAAAGAACACUGGAGGUGCUAAAGCAGCUGCUGCAAAAGGGUCCGCCCCCCAUUUGGCUUGCAAAGAAAUUAGACACAUUACAGGUGACGCUGAGCAACUUAAGGAAGACCAUAAGUUGACAAGUUUAAUUCUUCAUCACAAGGUGAUUACUGUAUUAUAUUGCAUAAUACAGCUCUACGCAAGAUGGACAAGCAAAAGCCCAAAAGACAAGCUGCAUCCCACCAUGGAUAGCCUCAAGUGUUAACGUUGCUUGCUCAGUUUAUUUAUACAUGUUGCAGGUAUAGAGUGGAAAAAUCAAGAUAGGAACCAAUCCAAGCAACUGGCCUUGAACAAAAAUUCAUGCUUUUUUAGAUGCCAUUCAUGUUCAGCAUUAUCUCCCAGGAUAUUUUUCUACCAGCAGGAAGGAUAUAUUACAGGUAUGAUCAACUGUUGCCCUGAGGCCUCCCAUCUAGCAAUAAAAGCAUCCUGCCUACAAAUGAA